UCUAAUCACACCCUUGUCAGAAAUGUGGCGUAGCUAUUGGUCCCCGAUGCUGGCACUCAGAUGUUUCCUGCUGUAGGGGUAGUGUGUGGUUUUGGUAUCGGACUGCGACAGCGUUUAGUUCAAGGUUUGAGUUGAGUUUGGGAAGAGGAGGAUAAAGGAAAGUGAACGCAAGGGUUGCGAAUCAAUUUAUAAACGAGUUCUUGUUUUCUUCGCUGAAACGUUUCUUCCACAGUUUGUGUUCUUAGACACUGAACUCCCCUCCCCCCCGUCCCCCCCCCACCGCGUUCAAGCCCUGGUUCCCAAGAAGUGAGUAUUCAUUUAUAAAAGGUUCCCCCGAGCUAUUAGUCCAUAAUGGCACAGUGGAAUCAGUUGCAGCAGCUGGAUCCCAGGCAUCUGGAACAGCUUUAUCAUCUCUACAGCGACAGCUUUCCAAUGGAGCUCAGGCAGUUUCUGGCCCCUUGGAUCGAGAGCCAAGACUGGACUUUUGCAGCCAACAAAGAAUCGCAUGCGACGCUGGUGUUUCACAAUCUGCUUGGGGAGAUUGAUCAGCAGUAUAGCCGGUUUCUGCAAGAGAACAAUGUGCUUUACCAGCACAAUCUCCGGAGGAUAAAGCAGCAUCUACAGAGCAAGUACCUUGAAAAACCAAUGGAAAUCGCGAGGAUCGUGGCUCGCUGUCUGUGGGAGGAGUCUCGGUUGCUGCAAACUGCUACAACCGCAACUCAGGAUGGGCAGGCCCCACAUCACACAGGCACAGUGGUGACCGAAAAACAGCAGAUGUUGGAACAGCACUUGCAGGAUGUGAGAAAGAGAGUGCAGAAUGAUGUGUCCUAA